GAAGAGGGAAUGUACAAAGGAUCUGUCAGAAAUGAUAGGAACAAAAAGAAGAAGGAACCUUCAAAGCAGGAAUCCACAGAAAACUAUGAAAUGACAGCGGAGUUGGAUGAUCUCACUGAGAAGAUCCGAAAAGCUCACCAGGAAACCUUCCCCUCACUCUGCCAGCUGGGCAAAUACACUACAAACUCCAGCGCAGAUCAUCGGGUUCGACUGGACCUCGGGCUUUGGGACAAAUUCAGUGAACUUGCAACAAAGUGCAUUAUUAAAAUAGUGGAAUUUGCAAAGCGAUUGCCAGGCUUUACAAGUUUGACCAUUGCAGACCAGAUAACUCUACUUAAAGCAGCCUGCCUGGAUAUACUGAUCCUUAGAAUUUGCACAAGAUACACGCCAGAGCAAGACACCAUGACCUUUUCCGAUGGCCUUACCCUAAACCGAACUCAGAUGCACAACGCCGGAUUCGGCCCACUGACUGAUCUCGUGUUCACGUUUGCCAACCAGCUCCUGCCUUUGGAAAUGGAUGAUACAGAAACGGGGCUCCUCAGUGCCAUCUGCUUAAUCUGUGGAGAUCGCCAGGACCUUGAAGAACCAAUGAAAGUGGAUAAGCUUCAGGAACCAUUGCUUGAAGCACUGAAAAUUUAUAUCCGAAAGAGACGACCCAACAAGCCUCAUAUGUUCCCAAAGAUCUUAAUGAAAAUCACAGAUCUUCGUAGCAUCAGUGCAAAAGGUGCAGAGCGUGUCAUUACAUUGAAAAUGGAAAUUCCGGGAUCCAUGCCGCCUCUUAUUCAGGAAAUGCUGGAGAACUCUGAAGGGCACGAGCCACUGACACCAACCUCAAACGGAAACACUGCAGAACACAGUCCCAGUAUCUCGCCUAGUUCAGUGGAUAAUGGCAGUGUCAGUCAGUCCCCUAUGGUGCAAUAAGACAUUUUCCAGCUACUUCAGACAUUCCUAAUGCCGUAUGUACAGGGAUGGAAAGCAAGAAAAACAUUUUUACUGCUGCUUAGUUUCUGGACUUAAUAUAUAUCUAUAUAUGUAUAUAUAUAUAGAUAAAAACUCAACAAGGACCAAGAAAUUUUCAUAUGUAUCAAUAUAUACUCCUUGCUGUUUAAACUCUUAAAACUAGAAAAUGCAAACUUUCGAAACUCUAAAUCAGCCAUUUCGUGCAAAAAA